AUGGUCGCAACCGGUCACUUGGGUCUGGAACUGAAGAUGAUAAGCACAGCUUCAAAUCGACCAGUUGCACUACUUCUGAAGAACGCGACAAUGAUUCUUGUUGUAUGUGUGCCAACUAAGUUGCAGGAUGUUUUAUCUUAUCCAAAAUGGGUGGAUGCAAUGAAUGUUGAGAUGGAAACCUUGAACAAGAAUGCCACUUGGGAGUUAGUUCCUUUACUGAAAGGAAAGAAAUAUAAGGCUGACGGUUUCAUUGACCGUUACAAGGUGAGAUUGGUAGCGAAGGGCUAUACACAGACAUAUGGAAUGGAUUACAUGGAGACCUUUGCUCCAGUAGCAAGGCUCAAUACUAUGCAUGAAGAAAUAUACAUGGAUCCUUCUGGUAUCCAUGUGACCUCCAAGGAGGAUGUGGUGUGUAAACUACAGAAAUCCUUGUAUGGAUUAAAGCAGUCUCCAAUAGCAUGGUUUGGGAGGUUUGCUGCAUCUAUGAAGAAGUUUGGAGAUGAUCAGGCAGAAAUGAAAAAUCUUCAUAAGUAUUUGGCUUUCGAGUUUGAGAUGAAAUCAUUAGGUGACUUGAAAUACUUUCUUGGGAUUGAAGUUGCCAGUUCUAAGCAUGGGAGUCAGUUUAUGCAUUCUCCUAAUGAAGAUCAUAUGGGAGCUGUGAUGCGUAUUUUAAGAUAUCUAAAACGUUCUACGUCUGGAUAUUUCAUGUUUGUUGGUGGUAAUCUUGUUACUUGGAAAAGUAAGAAACAAAAGGUGGUGUCUCGAUCUAGUGCCGAGGUCGAGUAUUGUGGGAUGGCUCAAAGUGGUUUUGGGCCACAGAAACCCAUGGAUUUAUAUUGUGACAGUAAGGCUACAACUGCGAUUGCUCAUAACCCUAUGCAACAUGAUUGUACAAAGCAUGUGGAGGUUGAUUGA